AUCCAACCCGUAGACUUCGUCGAGAACCCAACGCAACCUACGGCACCAUGACAAAACGCACAAAGAAGGUCGGUGUUACUGGCAAGUACGGCACUAGGUAUGUCGAAUUGCGACCCCAUCCUCGACGUUGACCUUCCAAGUUCGAGCAUGAGACCUGGGAAAUCGUAAUCCAAUAUGCUUGGUGAAUUUGACUAAUUAUGGUGUCAAGAUAUGGUGCUUCGCUCCGUAAGCAAGUCAAGAAGAUGGAAAUAUCGCAACACGCACGAUACACCUGCACAUUCUGCGGAAAGACCACAGUCAAACGACACUCCGUCGGUAUUUGGAACUGCAAGGCGUGCGGCAAGACAAUCGCAGGAGGAGCCUGGAACGUAUCGUAAGUCCCCUCGAGGGGAGAUUGCCACCGCGAGACUACUCUAGAAACCUGGACUUGAACUGACACCACAUCCUACAUUCAGGACCGCAGCCGCUGCUGCUACGCGAUCAACGAUUCGACGUCUGAGAGAAAUUGCGGAGGUUUAAGGGGAUUGUUUGUUGUGUGU